AUGGCAGGCGGCGGCGGUCCCUCUUCGGGGCUUGUAGACCCCCCUCUGAGCCAGGCUUACGGCUAUGGUAUCAUCAUCGGCCUGGGCUUUCUCUUUGCUCUGGGAAUGAUUCUCACCACAUGGAUUCUCAAACGAUACAACAAUGAGCAGCAAACUUCAGAAACCUUCAACACCGCUGGAAGGUCUGUCAAGUCCGGCCUUGUCGCCUCCGCCGUUGUGUCGAGUUGGACUUGGGCCGCUACGCUCCUGCAAUCGUCAGGUGUGGCCUACAAAUACGGUGUUUCGGGGCCAUUCUGGUAUGCAUCUGGCGCAACAGUGCAGAUCAUCUUGUUCGCAACGCUGGCCAUUGAGCUCAAGCGCAGAGCACCCAAUGCGCACACGUUCCUCGAAGUCAUCAGGGCCAGAUAUGGCCGCUUGACCCACUCCGUCUACAUCUGUUUCUGCCUCUUCACCAACAUCCUUGUCACGGCUAUGCUGCUCACUGGUGGCUCUGCCGUUGUCACGUCCCUGACAGGAAUGCACACUGCUGCUGCUUGCUUCCUUCUGCCUCUGGGUGUCGUCAUCUACACCAUGUUUGGGGGAAUCAAGGCGACCUUCUUGACUGACUACGUCCACACGGUCAUCAUCCUUGUCAUCAUCCUCAUCUUUGCCCUUACCGCCUACGCUACCGGUGAUGAGCUCGGUUCGCCAUCCGCCAUGUACGACCGCCUUAAAGAGGUCGCAGCCUUGUACCCAGUCGAGGGCAACGCCGAGGGCUCGUACCUCACUAUGCGAUCUAAGGAUGGAAUCAUAUUCUUUGUCAUCAACAUUGUCGGGAACUUUGGCACUGUCUUCAUGGACAAUGGCUACUACAACAAGGCGAUCGCUGCCCACCCGGUCGCUGCUCUUCCCGGAUACAUUAUCGGUGGACUCUCCUGGUUUGCCAUCCCCUGGCUGUGUGCAACCACCAUGGGUCUCAGCGCUCUGGCUCUCGAGAACAGCCCCUCGUUCCCUACGUACCCCAACCGCAUGGACCCCGCCGACGUUACGGCUGGCCUGGUCCUCCCCUAUGCCGCCGUUGGCCUUCUUGGGAAAUCGGGCGCCAUCUGCACCCUCAUCAUGAUCUUCAUGGCUGUGACGUCUGCUACCUCGGCCCAGCUUAUUUCCGUGUCCUCCAUCUACACUUAUGACAUCUACCAGACUUACAUCAACCCCGCUGCCUCUGGCCGCCGACUUAUCAUGAUUUCCCACUCGGCCGUCGUUGUGUACGGCCUUGUCAUGGCUGCAUUCAGUGUUGGACUGCACUAUGCAGGCAUCAGCAUGGGCUGGCUCUAUCUGUGGAUGGGUGUCAUGAUCUCCGGGGCAGUCAUUCCAGCCACGCUUACGCUUCUCUGGAAGAAACAGAAUUGGAUCGCGGCUGCCUGCUCCCCUGUCCUCGCGCUCUGCUGUUCUCUUACUGCCUGGACUGUCACAUGUGCCAGGAAAUUCGACAAUGUCCUGAGCGUCGACAACCUGGGCACCAACGAUCCCAUGCUGGCAGGCAACAUUACCGCUCUUCUCAGCCCCCUCAUCUUCGUCCCAUUCUUCACCUUUGCAUUUGGCGCCGACAGCUACGACUGGUCGUCCAUGGCAGCCAUCAAGCAAGCCGACGAUGCGGAUGGCUCAGACCUUGUUUUCGAUUCCGAAUCGGGGGCUGCAACGCCUGGUGUCAUCGCUGUCCUUGAGGAGGACAACGCCAAACUGAACAAGGCAUCCAAUGUUGCCAAGGUCAUGACAGUGGGCAUGUCUCUGGCAUUCUUGGUUCUCUGGCCCAUGCCCAUGUACGGCUCCUCCUACGUUUUCUCCAAACCCUUUUUCACUGGAUGGGUUGUUGUCGGGAUUAUCUGGUUGUUUGGAAGCUCAAUUGCUGUUGGUAUCUUCCCGCUUUGGGAGGGUCGCUCCAGCAUGCUCCGCGUCGCCAAGGGACUGUUGGGAAAGACGAGUGUGACAAAUGCCGAGGAACCUAUUCACGAGGAGAAGAAAUUGAGUGCGGAAAAACAGGCUGAGAUCGACAAGGAGUUUGCACAAUAA